GAGGUGCUUGGAGCGUGCACUUGAACAUAAUAACAAAAAAUCUAAUAUUAUUAUUAUAUACUACUUUAUUUUGUUUCAUCUUGUUUUCACUCAGUAAAAAAUAAGUAAAAAUAAUCCGCGAAUAAACAACCUGAACCCCGAGAGUUUUCAGUACACAGUUCCCACAGCAGCAGGAAGAUCCGCAAAAGGAAGUCGAGCAUAGUUGAACGGUGCGCCCUGUUUUGCAAGUCUCAGUGAAAUCCGCGAAUUGCAUUUGGCGGUGAAGGGAGACUAUUGCGCCUCGGCCAGCACUGACCGGGCUCCUUUCCGCAAGUCUGUUCCCAGCUCCACUUUCGCGGCUCAUCUGUUUUCGCGGGCUCUUCCCAGUUUGCAUAGCGCGAGUUGCACUUGGCGAAAAAAAGCAAAUCGCAUCGAGUUCUAGCUUCUAGCGAGUUUCGGCAAUCGGCGUAGUGUGUUUGGUGUGUUAUUCGCAUUUCGCGCAAAUAUCCAAGUUCAGUUGUUCACUGCCCAAAAGUGGCGGAAGUGCAUUGAGAAGUGCGCGGUAUGCGAGCUGUGCGAGGUCCUCCUCUUACCCAGUAACACUCAAUUCUUCCCUGUCGGAUGCAGGCGAGCAGUUUGCGAGUUCUGUGCAGUGCCGUUGCCGAGCAGUUGCUGGACCUUUCAGUGAGAAACGCAGUCUCCAGGCCCCGCGCGAGGACAUCCUGAGAGUUCGAAUGCACCCCCGGAUGCACCCUGGAUUCAUAUAUGCGCCGGAGAGUUAUGUGCGACCGUGGAAAAUUUACAGUGCGAACUACCCUCUCGAGUGAGGAACCGCGAUGUGUCGACUGAUCCCCAAAUGCAAGAAAAGAAAAUCUGUGAAAUGUUAAAAUGUUUUCAUUAAAAAUUUUAAAACCCAGAAGUUACAAGUGAGUGUUUACAAUUAAAUCGAAUUUUGAAAAUUUUCUGAAAAAAAUAAAAACAUUUUAUAAAUUGGACAAAAAAUUGAUAUAAUAAUGCUAAAAGUUUGUGAAAAUGAAAAAGACGCAAGACUUUUGUUUUCCUUGAUUUUUCGACGAUAAACAGUAGUGGUGUUUUGUCUUGUUCUUCAGCUGCAAUUGCAUCUACGAAAAAUUGAUUCAGCAGUUCUUCCGAGGAAAGUGCAAGUGAAUCAAUUCUUUUGCAAAUGAAUGCCACACGAAAGAAACAACGCAAAUUUCUACAGCGAAAAUAUAUAAGUAACAAUUAAUAAUUAACACUCCACGAAAAUGGAUUGAAAGUGGAUUGCAUUAAAAAAAUACAAAUUCAAAAAAAUCAUAUAACGUCAAAAUUUGAUUAAAAAUUUGAAAUCUUCAAAAUUUUGGAUAAAAGGUGAUUGUUUGGGCUUAAAAAUUAUACUUUUUUCUCCUUUAAAAAUUCUGACUGGUAGAAGAAUCGAAAUUUCAAAAUUCAAAUAGAUGCCUAAUCUUCCCAUUGACAAAUAAAAUUCUUUAUCAAAAUCUGUUUUGGAUCAUAAAAAAUUUAUAAGAAAAAAAAAUCACCUUGUAAAAGUACACUUUUCGGAAUCACGUUAUAAAGUUAAAAAACCAAAUUUCAAUUUAACGAAAAAAAACAUCAAAUUGGGAAACAACAACCAAACAAAGAAACGGAUAUACUUGGAACAUACAGAAAUAAUUUUGCGAUAAGAGCGAACACAUUACGAGUCAUAAGGGUCCAACUUUUUGGCGGAAUACAUUGGCUUCACGGGGACUCGAUGUGCAAUUUAAUUUUCCAAGUGCAUACAAAAUAACGAAUCGCAUAUAUAGAUCUUCUGAGUAGUUGUUUUUUCAUUAGGAAUUACAAACUACAACACGAAUAGAAGAUCUAAGAAAUUGCGUACUAAAUUGUCGUAAAAUAAAAGCACGGAAUUUCGCGAAAUUUUGGAGAAUUUGUAAAUUUUGACAGUAGCGACGGCGUAAGAAUUUUAACUUUGGACAAAAUGGACCCGCAACAACAAUUCUGUUUAAAAUGGAAUAGCUAUUCGUCAAACUUAGCAAUGACAUUUUCUAAUUUAUUCAAAUCGGAACUAUUGGCUGAUGUCACGUUGUCAUGUAAUGGUACAGUAUUCAAGGCGCACAAACUUAUUUUGGCAGCUUGUUCGAAAAAAUUCGCUGAAUUAUUCGAAGCAGCACCACCAACAAAUGGACAAUGUGUUGUCAUUCUGGAGGCUACUUCACCCGAAAAUAUGUCUGCAUUGCUAGAAUUCAUGUAUAAAGGUGAAGUUCAUGUAUCACAAGAGGCUCUAAACAGUUUUCUCAAAUCAGCAGAAAAUCUGCAAGUUAAAGGUUUAUCAACGGAGCAUGGCCGUUUGGCAGCCGCUCAAUCUCAGUCCCAUGAACAGUCACAACAACACAUGGACUCGACUCAAUUGAGUGGCAGGCGGCAACAACGUAAUAGUCUGUCAGGGACAACUUCAGGUGGUAACUCAGGAUCAGGAAACUCCAGUGCUCAUUUAGGUUUAAGCAGUUUAAAACAGGAAUGUGAUUCCUUAAUGCAUCCAAGCAGCUCAGCACUGGGUGGAAUGCCACCAUAUUUGCCACCUAUUUAUCGACCGCUAUCCUUCGAUCCACCAAGAAAAAGACACUUACGGAGUCCCUUUUCGGAACAAGAAACGCGAGGCAGUGUUUUACGUGAUGGUUCGAAGGGUAGUGCGGAAAGCGCAAGCCCUAUAAAUAAACCUUACAGACCAUCUAGUAGUGCAUCUUCAUCAGCGCCCACGGAAGCAGACACAAUGCAAACAGAAAGAGCUUCACCUCAGUCCAGUCGAUAUGAAAAUCACAGUCCACCAAGUACGACAGCUUCGGCAGGAAACGGAGCAGGAUCGUGUCAAGAACGGGCUGAGCGAACAGAACGAAACAAUGGAAGUACAAAUGAGACCAAUGAGGACGACAAAGAGGAACGGGAAUCUAGCGAUGUAAGGAUAACUAGCGAAGGCAGUUCACAAAGUUUUGCGCCCAAGAACGGAGCCGAAGACUUGAGGGUAAAAAUGGAGGAUUAUUCACCGCAACCACCAACAUCGAAUACAGCGCCACCUACUCCUACGACGUUAGCAGACUUCAAAACAGAAUCAGGUGGGCUGGCAGGCGGUUUGGCGGCCUCCAUUGCCCCAGCGGAUAUGUUGAACGUUUGGAAUGCUACGAAACUGAACAAUAAAAAUAGUGGGACAGUGAAUACAGCGGAUGGAAAGAAACUUAAGUGCCUGUAUUGUGACCGUUUGUAUGGCUACGAAACAAACCUUCGAGCUCAUAUUCGUCAACGCCAUCAAGGUAUACGAGUACCAUGCCCUUUUUGUUCGCGAACAUUUACUCGCAACAACACAGUACGACGACAUAUUGCGCGUGAACAUAAACACGAAAUUGCUAUGAAUCAACUGCAGGGACAAAACCAUAGCCAAUAGAGAAGUGCUUUACCCCAAAACUUCUAUUCUCAUCUAAUAUCUGUCAAACAAAAGUCCGAGCAACUUCAACAACAACCACAUCAGAUACAACUCGAGCAGUUACUCCUCAAUAGAAAUCAACUUAAGAAAAAUUUCCGAAAAAUUGUAAAAACAACCAAAGUAAAAGUGGCGAAAGAAAACAGUCAAAAAUAUUGAACGUUUAAGAACCAAAAAGAGGAUAAAGUUGAGAUUGACAGCGACAUAUUGCUAUUGAUCCUUAAUCUUUAACAAUGGUUUGGAAAUUUUUCUUAAUUCAGUUGUUCUUGAAAUUUUGCUUUAUACUGUGUAUAUUUUUCUUUCACUAUAUCCGACUGAAAAUGUUUUAGGGUGCUAUUAAAAUGAACUUAAACAUACAAGAAAACAAAGGAACAUAAUAAAAAGUAAACUAAUUAAACAGUGAUUAGAGGAAGUUAAAAAAUAGUUAAAAUAUUUGAAAUACAAACUGUUCACAAAUACAUAUAAAUACAGCGAAUGAGAGUACAGAAAAUAUAUAUUAAAGCAGAGGUCGGAACGUUUUUGACUGGUUGAAACAAUAGUCUAUCCGUUUUAAAAGAGCACAGCAUUUAUUUAUAUACACCGUUUAUUUUAUAAUUUUAUUUUUACAGACCUUAUUUAUUUUUUACAAUUAACAGCCAAACUUUUUACUUUUUAUAAAUAUCUAUAGUGUUUACAUUCACCACAAGUGUCAUUAAAAUGAAUAAAGUAAUUGAAUAUUUAUUGAUUGAGAGCGAAACGGAAAUCUGCAAUCAUUUGUUAGAAAGCUGCGCGAGUUACUUUUACACAAAUGACAAUUGAUAUGAAUAAGACGCAAACGGACAUUUGAAUGCAACGACAAAGUUGUCCAGGAGCCAUCAGAGGGACAACAUGAGUUACUGAAAAUUCUCAUUGAUUCUGCGCUUAUUUAAAUCAAAAUAGUGAAAACUGAUAUUUCCUUUGUUUCGCUGAGCAUGCCUUUCUUUUAAUGACGGUUUGUAUCAAAUGAUUUUCUCAAGAUAUCCAGACAAAAGAAGUAGAAGCAAGGAAAAUAUUCAGCUAUCACUAUACAGCUCAAUAAACUUCAUUGAAAAUAGAAUAUAAACUCAAGUACCUGUCACUUAAAUAAAUUAAAGUAAAUAACUCUAAUGAAAAGAUAUGCAAAAUAGUAAUUUAAAUAUAAUCAAUAACGGAGAGUUUUUUUUUUCUUUUUAUAAUAAAAAGCUCAUUUGAUUCACGUCAGUGGCUCCGGACCCUUUUUAUUAUGAAAAGAAUGGCACGAACAAGACAACAGACAUAAUAAUUAGUUAUAAUAAUAAUAUAUAGAUUACAGAAAGCUGUUCUUAAAAACAAAACAAUAAGAAGAAUAAAUUUUCAUACCAAGAAUGGAAUGGAAUGGAGAAAGCAUCUUAAUUGGGAAAGGAACUAAAGCUUGAAGAAUGAAAAGGUUGUCAUCGCAAGGCCCUUAGGUUAGAUGUUCUUUCAUUGAGGGCUGUGGCGGACCGCUUACUUAUAUUCAGUCGAAAGCAAGCAUUUUUUUGCUUCCCACAUUAAGUUGUUUUCCUAUUUCACUACUUUCUAGGAAUUUCUGCUAGUUUUCCAAUAACAAAAAAUAACGAUUGGCAUUAUCAUAUUUAUUGUUUGUUUUUAACUACACAGUAUCCUACAAAGCAGAGAGCAAAAGUAUAGGUGAAUACUUCUACUUUCAUGCUGCUCUCUUCUCUCAAAUCCAUCCUCUUUAUUGCUACCUCCAAGUAUCAAAAACUCCAUAACCCGGGUGCCUGAAAUCAGAACAAUAUUUUAUUGAUCUACAUACAUCUACAACAGAGAAAAAUGUCUUAUUAACAAUAUCUCUUACUGUUACUACUACUUUAUAUUUGAUCUCAAUAGCAAUAGAAUAUUUAAUACAAAAUGCCGUUUAACUACUACUACAUUUAGAAAGGAUUCCUAAAAACAAACACUACACUACAAUAGCAGUUGUCUUUUUAUAUGAUAUUUUGGAAGCCGCCAUCUAUCAAACAUGUUUUAGAACCAAACCAAUCAAAAACGUUCAUUUUUAUGAGAAGCUAGUUUUGUUGAACACUAAAUAAUGAUAAUAAUAAAAUAGAAGAGUAUUGCAUGAGCACAGAUUGAUUUACAUCCUGAAUCAGAGAAACUUUAAGCUAGCUCCGGCUCAUUACGAAUGAAAAAUAGUCUCGCCAUAAUUCUCAAUUUCAGAGAUUCUGCAAUGCGAAAUUUUCUAACAGGAAGAUACAUAUUUUGUGUAUAGUAAAAUAAAUAACGCUAACAAACAGUGACUAUUGUAAAAUGAAAUUUGCGAGUAUUUCCCCGAACAAUUUAUCUUUCGAUAAGACAAUGUAGUACAACGAAAUCGUGCUUUUAUUUAUAAAAAAAUUAAUCUUUUAGAAAUGAAAAAAUGGAAAGUUUACAUAAAGUCAUAUGUCUUCUACAUCUAGUUUCGUGUGAAAAUAAAACAAACUUUUAUCCAUCAACAAUGAUUUAUUAAAACAGGAAAAUUUAGUUAUUUCCAAGGAGGGAAAUAUCAAAUCAUGAUUAACAUAUUUCAGUUUCUCUUCGUCUUAACAAACCCUCGAUGGAGUUUUUGGUUUAAAUUAUUAUUCGAUUCAUUUGCAUUUUUUUUUAAUGCAGUUUACAGUUAUUCAAUGACUAACAUACAGAUGAUAAUUAGGGAAAGAAUGUAGUAUCCACAAAAUUCCCAUUGCCUAAUACUGCAGAAAAGAAAAAAUCAAAGAUACAUUUCGUUGCACUACAUAUUAGUGACAAGAAGAUUGGGAAUCACAAUAAAUUGGGGAAAGUUUGAUUCAAUGAAAAGUCUAUAUCUGAAAAGCAAUUUAUUCUCCGAGACUAUCCAAUGCUUAUGUAUACAAAGUAAAAAAAUAUAAACUGAAAACCUUAAAUGCUAUUACCCAUCAAAAUUCAGUACUUCUGUGAUAUCCAAAUGGUUGAUAUCGUGCACAAUAUCUCUUGGCAUUCGAUGAGACAAGUACUCAUAAGAAAUGCAAUUCGAGCAAAUGGAUACAUUGAAAAGCAUCUAAUGAGUUGAUUGAUCUGUAUAACUUUUUUUAAGUUUUUGAAAAACAUUAUAUUCGGCUUCUAUUUUAUUUUAUUAUUAUUUAAAAACAAAACUUGAUUCGGAAAUAUUUUCGGAAAUUAAGCAGACAGCAGCUCAUAUCUUUUCCUUUCUUGUUAUAGACAAAAGCAAAAACCUAAUCAGAAAAGAAAUGGAAAUAUAUUAAGUGUUAAACUCAUUUAAGCAUUAAACGAUCUACAUGAAAAUAGCGCUAUUAAAAGUAAGCGAAAUUUAAUUAUAAUUUACUUUUUUGUUUUUGUAAUAAGGACUGUAAGUAUUUUUCUCCGCUCGUAAUGUAAAAAUCUGUAAUUAUUUCUAUCUGUUGAGUAAGAACAUUGUAAAAUAUAUUUUUUAUUAAGUUAACUUUAGAAAAUUAUAGUAAUAGUAAAUAUAAGUUUUAUGCAAACGGCUUUAAAUAGUUGCUCUGUUGCAGAGUCUGAAUUACAUUUUAUUUUUUAACUUGAGCUACUAUUCGAAGCUGUGCCUGAAUGUAAAUUUUAAUUAAGGGUAAAUAUUGAUAAUCUUUUUGUUCUAUUAUUUCUAUUUUUGUACUCUUUAAUUUGUUCUGUUUGAUCAUAAUACUGUUAAGAAUUUUAGACAAAUAUUUUUAAAGCUUUUUUUGUAAUUUUUACAAUAACCACAGAAUACAAGGAAAAUUGUAAAAUUAACAGACGAAUGAAAAAGUAUCCAAUAGUAACUGAUAUACCUCAUUUUUACAAAUAUUUAUAAAUCAUAAACUUAAAAAGUAAAAACAGCAGAAAUAAAAGACAACAUUGACAUACUUUUGCAAUAGACAGUAAAUCAAAUUGAAACGAAACUACCUCAAAGCAGAUGGCAUUUUUAUACUUUUUCUAGUUGAUUUUGGUGCGUGAUUUCAAAACAAUAUAUCUCAAUGACUUUUUGUUAAAUAUUUUUUGUUUUCUUGAUCUAUUUUAAUAUUUUCUGUUCAGAGAUUUUGUAUGAAACUAAUAAUAACUAAUUAUUAAGAAAAUAAUCCCAUAAUUCACCAGCUUUCUCUGUGAGUCAAGAGAUACCCUUAAAAUCAAACAAAUCUCAGCCAUAAUUGAGUGGCUAUAUACACGUUUCGGUCAAUCAUAUGAAAACCAUCUACUAGAGCACAGGAAAAGAACUAGUUUUGUUCUGCAAACUCAAGAACAGUUUUAACUUUGUCCAACUGACAAGGCUAGAAUGUUUUUAAUAUAACAUAUUGCUACAUUUGUUUUGUCUUAAUUUGCAAACAUCCAUAGGCUGUAGUAAUGAUGAAUGAUUGUUCGACAAAUCGACAAAAUAUACUUGGUAUCCGUCAAUAUUUUCAGUUUUCAAAUAAUCACUUUGAAUUCAGCAUCAUUCAAAAAGUUUCCUCGAGAACCUGCUAGAAACUCUGACUGAUUUUUUUUAAUCUCAAGAAGCACAAAUUAUGUCAUAUUAAACCCUCAUUCCAUUUCAGGAAGUUUUUAUAAUAAAUAUUUACAAAAAGCACAGAAAUUCUUCCAAUGAAGUCUUUCAAACAGAGGAUACUAUUGAAGUAAUAAUUCAAAAUCAAAUUUCAAACGUAAAAUGGUGACAUUUUUUUCUGGAAAAUCGAUAAUAAGUUCAAAAAUAAUAUGUUUAGUGUAGUUCGAAAUAACAUUAAGUGAGAAGGAAUAAGCAAAAAUAAGCACCUUAGUAAUAUCACGCGUAAGAAAAUACAAAAAAAAAGAAACUAUUUUAAAGCUACACAUAACAGGUCAUUAGGCUAUUUAUACAUGCAAGUAAACAUUGAAAAUUAUAUUCGUACUAUGAAGGCUACAAUGCAUCUUUGGAUAUACGAACUAUUUUCUAAAUUUGACAAAAAAGUGGAAGCUUUUUGUUUUCGGGGUAAUAAAAGUUAAAAUAUAUAUAUUCAAAUUGGAAAAAGAAUAAAAGGACAAAUGUUUGACGUAAAUUGAUUAUCUUAAAAUUAGAUUCGAAAAUAUUAAUACUUAGAUAGGAUUUUGUAUAUAUCAUAUUUCAAAAUUUGAUGAAAAGCGUAAAGAACCGUGGAGGUUAUACAUAGUUGGACACUUUGAACGCAAAAGUUAGCAAAUCAUACAACUUUCUUGCAAUAUUUCUAAGGAUUAUACAUUUUUGUUUUUUGUUUUCUGGGAAUUAUUCGGUCUAAAUGCGAGAUUCAUGGAAUAUAUAAAUUAAUUAAAUUUUUUAGCAUAAAUGAAAUCCCAUAAGGUACUUUUUAGGCACAAAAUUUGAUUAUAUUAUCUUAAAUUAUACUAGGCAAAAGUGUUGACAAAAUUAUAUUGAUCAAAAAGAUGACGAAAUAAUUCUUUUUAGAUAAUUUUAAAAAAAACUGAAUGAACAUUUUGACCAACGGAAUAGUUCAGUUUGUGUGAAUUAUACGCGAAAUGAAUAACUGGAUACAAAUUUGUCGCCAUUUUGCAUUUUCAAAAUUAUGUGUAUUUCCUUUUGAGUCUAGGAGUUCGAUCUAAAUAUUGUAAAAACUUAGUGAAAACUUGAAGCAUGUCGUUAUUCGUAUAUUUUGUUUGCUAUUAUAAUUUUUACCAUUUAUCGGAUGAUUGCUUGAUGUUUACACCUUGCAAGAAUUCAGUUUAUCAAAAAUAAGUACUUCCAUAAUGCAAACGCUUAUGGACAAUCUGAGAGACGUAAACAAGUUUCUAAAAAUUAAAUUGACAAGUGGUAAAAUCUGGUGGUAAGUGUAUAUAUCAUGAGUUUCCGGGAGAAUUAAGUAGUGUAUAAGAAUACUACGAACACAUUUUCAAGUUUUCUUUCCACUUUGUAAAAUGCAUUCUUACUUUGUUUGCAAGUUGAUUAAUACUUCCAAGUACUUUUAUCAUCUGGUUUUUCUUGAUUAGUAAUUUGGAUUUAUUUUUUUGUUUUUAUGAAUCUUAUUGAUAGAAGAAUUGUUUUGUGAAAAUAAAUUUGCGGGCAAAUUUGUCUGGAUUAAAGUAAUACUGGCGGCGUAAGCAAAUUGGAAAAUUAAAACAGCCAAAGCAAAUUGGAAAGCUAGAACAGGUGGCUAAGCGAUUGUUUUUCAAACUUCCUAGCAGAGACAUCAAAUUUCGGUGAAAUGUUCAUCGAUUUUCUUUUCACGUUUUCACUGUGUUGAGCACAAAAGUUUCUCGAUUUUCUUCCAAGUAGUUGAGUUGUGGUUGGUUAUACGAAUGGUUACUAUUAAAAAUAGGUCAUCGGCUGAAAUAAAAAAA